CCCUGCCUGGUGCGCAUGGCCCUGUGCGCGCCCGCCGACCAGAGCCAGAGCUGGGCGCAGGACAAGAAGCUGAUCCUCAGGCUGCUCUCGGGGGUGGAGGCCGUCAACUCCAUCGUGGCCUUGCUCUCUGUGGACUUCCACGCCCUCGAGCAGGACGCCAGCAAGGAGCAGCAGCUCAGGCACAAGCUGGGAGGAGGGAGUGGAGAAAGCAUCUUGGUGUCCCAGCUGCAGCACGGGCUGACCCUGGAGUUUGAGCACAGCGAUUCGCCCCGGCGGCUUCGGCUGGUGCUGAGCGAGUUGCUGGCAAUUAUGAAUAAGGUGUCAGAAUCAAAUGGUGAGUUUUUUCUCAAAUCUUCUGAGCUGUUUGAGAGUCCUGUUUAUCUGGAGGAGGCAGCAGAUGUUCUCUGCAUUUUGCAAGCAGAGCUGCCAUCACUGUUGCCAAUAGUUGAUGUGGCUGAAGCUCUGUUGCAUGUUAAAAAUGGAGCCUGGUUCCUCUGCCUUCUGGUGGCCAAUGUUCCUGACAGCUUUAACGAGGUCUGCAGGGGUUUGAUUAAGAAUGGUGAACGGCAGGAUGAGGAGAGCGUUGGUGGCCGGCGCAGGACCGAAGCGCUUCGCCACCUGUGCAAGAUGAACCCUUCCCAAGCUCUGCGGGUCCGAGGGAUGGUGGUGGAAGAGUGUCACCUACCAGGUCUUGGUGUGGCUUUGACCUUGGAUCACACCAAAAACGAAGCUUCAGAUGAUGGAGUGAGUGACCUGGUGUGUUUUGUGAGUGGUUUGCUCCUUGGAACAAAUGCAAAGGUUCGGACUUGGUUUGGGACUUUUAUCCGAAAUGGCCAACAGAGAAAAAGAGAUAAUAUCAGUUCUGUGCUUUGGCAAAUGAGGAGGCAGCUGCUCCUGGAGCUCAUGGGAAUCCUUCCCACGGUUCGCAGCACACACAUUGUUGAAGAAGCAGAUGUUGAGAUGGACCCAAACGUGUCUGUGUACUCAGGACUGAAGGAGGAGCACGUGGUGAAAGCCAGCGCGUUGUUACGCCUCUAUUGUGCUUUGAUGGGAAUUGCUGGGCUGAAGCCAACUGAUGAAGAGGCUGAGCAACUACUGCAGCUGAUGACCAGCCGCCCUCCUGCAACCCCAGCUGGUGUUCGCUUUGUCUCUCUCUCCUUUUGCAUGCUUCUGGCCUUCUCCACCCUUGUCAGCACCCCAGAACAGGAGCAACUCAUGGUAAUGUGGCUUAGCUGGAUGAUAAAAGAAGAAGCUUACUUUGAAAGCAUUUCUGGUGUGUCUGCUUCUUUUGGAGAGAUGCUUCUCUUGGUAGCCAUGUAUUUCCAUAGUAAUCAGCUCAGUGCUAUCAUUGAAUUGGUCUGCUCCACCCUGGGAAUGAAGAUCGUUAUUAAGCCCAGCUCACUCAGCAGAAUGAAGACAAUUUUCACACAGGAGAUUUUCACUGAGCAGGUUGUUACAGCCCAUGCAGUUCGUGUGCCUGUUACAGGCAACCUCAGUGCCAACAUCACUGGGUUUUUACCAAUUCACUGCAUUUACCAGCUUUUAAAAAGUCGGUCCUUCACCAAGCACAAAGUAUCCAUUAAGGACUGGAUCUAUAGGCAGCUCUGUGAAACCACCACCCCACUCCAUCCUCAGCUGCUUCCUCUUAUUGAUGUCUACAUUAACUCUAUUCUUACUCCUGCAUCUAAAUCCAACCCAGAGGCCACAAAUCAGCCUGUCACUGAACAGGAGAUACUGAAUGUUUUUCAAGGACUCUCUGGGGGUGAAAAUACUCGUCUAGCUCAACGAUACAGCAUCACCACCCAACUGCUUGUCCUUUACUAUGUCCUGUCCUAUGAAGAAGCACUUCUGGCAAACACCAAGAUCCUAGCUGCAAUGCAAAAAAAACCCAAGUCUUACUCUUCAGCCUUAAUGGAUCAGAUUCCAAUCAAGUACCUCAUCCGGCAGGCACAGGGGCUGCAGCAGGAGCUGGGAGGUUUGCAUUCCGCACUGUUACGUCUCCUUGCAACUAACUACCCACACCUCUGCAUUGUGGAAGACUGGAUCUGUGAGGAACAGAUCACGGGCACUGACGCCUUGCUGAGGAGGAUGCUUCUUACAAACAUUGCCAAGAAUCACUCUCCCAAACAGCUCCAGGAAGCAUUUUCCAUGCUGCCUGGAAAUCAUACCCAGCUGAUGCAGAUCUUAGAGCAUUUGACUCUUCUCUCCGCUGGGGAAUUGAUCCCUUAUGCGGAAGUAUUGACAUCAAAUAUGAAUCUCUUGCUGGAUGCUGGAGUCCCUCGGAGGAUCCUUCAGACUGUCAAUAAACUUUGGAUGGUUCUUAACACUGUGAUGCCAAGAAGGUUAUGGGUGAUGACUGUCAAUGCUCUGCAGCCUUCAGUAAAAAUAGUCCGACAGCAGAAAUACACUCAGAAUGAUCUGAUGAUUGAUCCUUUGAUUGUACUAAGAUGUGAUCAGAGAGUUCAUAGGAGUCCUCCUCUGAUGGAUAUAACUUUGCACAUGUUGAAUGGAUAUCUUCUUGCUUCAAAAGCUUACCUCAAUGCUCACCUGAAAGAAACAGCAGAGCAGGACAUUAGGCCAUCCCAAAACAAUCCAAUGGGCCCAGAGGCCCCAGAAGUUACAAGGGAAGAAUUAAAAAAUGCAUUGCUUGCUGCUCAGGACAGUGCUGCUGUGCAGAUUCUUCUAGAGAUCUGCUUACCUACAGAAGAAGAGAAAGCCCAGAGCAGUAAUAGCCACAGUUUGCUGAAGACUGUUCAUAGUACCACAGGGCCUAAGAGUCCAGAAGUAGAGGAAGAAGAAGAAGAAGAAGACAGCUUGCUGUGUAAUCUUCGAGAGGUCCAGUGUCUCAUCUGCUGUCUGCUGCAUCAGAUGUAUAUAGCUGACCCCAACAUAGUCAAACUAGUUCAUUUCCAGGGGUAUCCAUGUGAACUUCUGGCACUCACAGUGGCAGGGAUUCCAUCCAUGCACAUCUGCCUGGAUUUUAUACCCGAGCUCAUUGCCCAGCCUGAGCUUGAAAAACAGAUAUUUGCCAUCCAGUUACUUUCCUUCCUGUGUAUCCAGUAUGCACUGCCUAAAUCCCUCAGCGUGGCUCGUUUAGCUAUCAAUGUGAUGGGAACCCUGCUCACAGUUUUAACUCAGUCGAAGCGCUAUGUUUUUUUUAUGCCAACCCUGCCUUGUUUGGUGUCCUUCUGUCAAGCCUUUCCUCCUCUGUAUGAUGAUAUAAUGUCUCUGCUGAUACAAAUAGGACAAGUUUGUGCCUCUGAUGUGGCUACACAGACCAGAGACUUCGACCCAAUUAUUACACGUCUGCAGCAGCUAAAGGAGAAACCACAUGAUGUGUCAGGACUUUGUAAAGAUUCAUCUGGCAAAAGGGAUGUGUCCAGCAUGGACCCUGAUGUUCAGUUGUGCCAGUGUGUGGAAAAUACUAUCAUUGACAUCAUUAACAUGAGUGUAAGUGGAGUUUAG